CAAGUUCAGCUCACUAUUGCCAUUAGAGUGUUGAUAUUUGAGACUACAACAUGGUGGUUCUGCUUCUCUUGUGCUUCACAUCCCUACUGAGCUUCGCAGCUUCCGACACCUUCGGCUUGAAUGAUGAACUGGCAACCAGAUACUUGGAGGAACAGUCUAUAGAUCUUUUGAAGGAAGAAAUCGCCAAGAUAAUCACACCAGCGUCAGUCAAGGUAGAUAUUCACAAAUACGAAACUAAUAAACAAAUCCUUUUUGAUGUGAGAAACAUACAACUUACGCAUGACAAGACAGUUAAGAUCAAAGAUAUCCAAGAAACAGGGGAAUCAGUAAACGAAAUAAAAUACAACCUGAAGAUGGAUGCUGAUGGUACAAUAAAUAAAUUCAGCAGAGAAGGAAACACAGAAGAGAAAAACCAUAUGGAAUUCGAAGCUAGCCAAGUCGUGUUCUCCGUCUACUCGUUGCCAGGGAGCUUUGGUGAAUGUUCCGUCAAAGUUAAAGAUGCGAAAUUCACUUUUGGAAACCCCAAUGGAGUCACAGAGGACGUGUGGAAUACCUAUAAGAGUCUGAUGGGAGACAAUUUGGAAGAUAAAAUUAAGAAGAGUAUGCAGACUGCCCUUGGAGAUAACACUAGCUGGAUUUGUGGAAAUAUACCAACAAGGUUCACUGUCUAAGGCAAAGUAUUGUAACCUUACAUUAUACUAAAAUUUGAGUAAUGCAUUAAUAUUUACUUGUUGAAGUUGAAGUUGAAGUUACUAACAUUAACAGCUUUAAAAUGUUCUUUGGAUGCGUUAUUGGCUUAUUCUUGGCGAGAUCAAUUAUUUGGAAUGCACAAAAAAUCGAUUUCUUCUUAUGAUUAGCAAACUAAUUAAACAUACGAAAUGUGACAUAAAUUACUCAAGUAAUAGAAUAAUGUAAGAUUACUGUAAAUAACCUACAUUCGUAGUGUAGAGAUACAUCUUUUAUUCUAUGUAGAACUGUGAAAUCUUAUACAGAAGUGAAUAAAUUGGUUAUAUUGA